UCAUCUGGCGAGUUAAAGAGGAUGUAAGUGUUUCUUCUUUUAAGUGUGUGUCAACAUCGGAGGCAAAUCAUUAAAUACAGAGCUCAUCAGUUGUGUUGGACACAUCUGAAGAAGACACAUCACAAGGAUCAACAAAGACUACCUUAAAAGCUGACCAUGUGGACGGAAGAACUGAGAGGUUUGGUCCUGACAGUUGAUGCCAUCACACUGAUCGUAGGCCUUCCGGCUAAUCUGCUGGCUCUCUACACCUUCAUUCAAAAGGUGAAGCAGCGAGCCACACCCAUCGACGUGCUCUUGCUCAGCCUCACCAUCUCGGACCUGAUCUUUCUGUUCUUUCUUCCGUUCCGCAUGAAAGAGGCCGCUGACAUGAAAUGGACCAUAAGCUACUUCCUCUGUCCACUUUCAGGAUUCUUUUUCUACUCGUCGAUUUACAACAGCACUUUCCUUUUAACAGCUAUCAGUGUGGAGCGCUAUCUGGGAGUGGCCUUUCCAAUCAAAUACAAACUCAAGCGUCAACCUCGAUAUGCCGUGAUCGCAAGCAUCAUAUUCUGGGUGGUUUCCAUGGCACAUUGCAGUAUCGUGUACAUCAUGCAGUACCACAGGCACACUAAUGAAUCUCUCGCUCUUCCGUCCAAGAAGGCGGUCUGCUAUGACGAAUUUAGCAAAGAGCAGCUGACGAUCCUUUUGCCUGUCCGCUUGGAAUUGUUUGCUGUGCUGUUCUGCACUCCUUUUAUCAUCUGCAGUUUCUGCUACAUCAGAUUCAUCCACAUUCUUUCCCGCUUACCUAACAUCAAGCCUAAGAAGCGCUCCAGGGCCAUCGGGCUUGCCUUAGCCACCCUCCUGGUCUUCAUCAUCUGCUUCAUGCCGUAUAAUGUGUCCCAUGUUGUAGGUUUUAUCGGAUGGUAUAGUCCUGACUGGAGGGUGUACACACUGCUCACCAGCACAUUUAAUGCCUGCUUGGAUCCCCUCAUUUUUUAUUUCUCCUCUUCAGCACUCCGGGGGACUUUAAAACAACUUCUACGAGGACCGAGACAUCGGAUGCACACUUCCUAUCGCCGGAGAUUUGCCAAAUGUCCGCAGUUAAACUGUACUGCAACCGAAGAAAGUACACAGAGUUCCAAUGACUCUACUGUGUAGAACCACAAAAUCUGUAACCGAACAAGGCGUUAAUGUUUCUAAGGGUCGAACAACUUUUAAAUUUUACAAACUUUAAAAAAGGGUCGAUAAACAACAGCAAAGAAAGUAACAAAAGAAAAUUUCCAGCUUAUUCUAUACAACUAACAAAAAUUAAACUAAUUAAGUGCCUUAAAAGGACACAAUUUUAGGACGUUCCGAUCCCUACAAUGCAUUGAAUGCCUUGAAUGUGACAUGGUGGCUGAACUGAAAGUGUGCAGCAUAGAAGCUCGUGUCUAUCCACAGAUGCUCAGUGAGUGGACUUCUAUAGCUAGAGAAGUCAAUGUGUACAGCCAUGUCUAAGAAAAGCUGAUAAUGACCCAGGAACUGAACUACCAUUGUCUUCAGCUCUGGCUUUACUAAUGUCUGAAAAUACAGUAUGAACCCACACUUUUUUGCCCACUUGUGUUUUGAACAAUUUCCUCUUACUCAUAUCAAUCCGAUGUUCAUCGAUAGAGAUCAAUCCAACGCGCUUGGUCUUUACUGCAAUCAUAGUGGAGGACUUACUGUAAAUACCCAAACAGCAUGAUGGGAAAUGUAAAAUAUACCAUUUGUAGUUUGGGGUUCUUUUUUUUUUUGGUAGCAUUUUUGUGGACAACAAAGUAGAAUGUGAUGAACAGUGAAUGUAUUGUGAAUGUUCUUGUAACGUAACUGUGAAUGUUGUUUCAACUCUUCCAUAUGUGUCAUUUGGAUGUGUAAAAUCAAUGAAAUAUUUUAGAUUCAUAAGUUAUUCAUACAGCUUGAUUUAACUUAUGUUGUAGUGUCAUAAGUGACUAUUGAGUGUUAACAUUGUAUUAAUCACACGGUAUAUACAGGUGGACAAAACUCAAGGCUAGAAAAAAAGCAUAAAAUUAUAAAUGUGAUAUAAAUUAGCAUACAUUAGCUCGGAAUGCAAAAACGGCGCAUUAGUUAAUACGCUGUCUUUCAUUUGCCUUGAAUUGGUAUCGGAUCCGAAUGUCUGUCUUCAUUUUUCAUUGUUUUUUUUUUUUAUUUUGUAAUAUAAUAUUAAACUACAAUUCAGUGACAUUUUAAGCUUUUCUUCUAUACCAAAUCCUCAGCCAGGAUGAAUGAAUGCUGUUUUAUAUAAAUAUAUCUCUGCUUUAUUGUAAAAUCAAUAUUGUAAUCUAGUGACGAAUAAAUAAUUCCAUAUAAAUUUAUAGACAUAUAAAUAUAUGAUGAAACAUUUUAAUCAACAUGACCUGACCUACCGAGUUAAGCUUCUUUUAAUUGUUUUUUUAAUGGUGCAAUUUUUUUUUAAAUCGAUAACAACAAUUAUUGUAAACUUGUUCUUGGUUGCAGUACAGCUAUGAUAUAUUUAUGGCAUACUCUAUGUCUAGAAGGUUUGGAGUUCAAAUCAGAGCCCUGAGUAAAAACCUUUAGGGACAAUGUGAUGAAGUUAAAAAUGUAUUUUUUUUUUAUUCUCACCAAAAUCAAUAUAAUAAUUUAUUUAUUUAUAUAAAUAGUAACAUUCUUAUUCUUAUUAUUCUUUUCCUAAUAUUUCUUCUUCUUGAUGUUGAUACUGUUAUUUUAACUUUUAUCUUUUCUAACUGUUUAAUAAUUUAUUGUUGUAAAAAUUACAGUUGCUAACCCCAUUUUUC